AUGUUAUCCGAUGGCAAGCGCAUGCGUGCUAUCUGGCGCCCCGAACACGGCGAUGGUGAACAUGUGCCGCACAUUGUCGAACGCACCAAGAGCACGCUGCGCGGUCACCCUACGUGGAAGCUUUUCGUCGAUGACAUCACCCAACCGAUUGUUCGCGGUAGCCAGGAGGAGCCUCCCCGUCAUAUGUACCUUGACGAUGAAGCUUGCCACGUUGUCUGGAAAUCCCAACAGUAUACCGACACUGAGCUGAAGACUUACUGGCCAUUCGACUUCGACCAUCAGGGCAACAUCAAAACAGGGCGACCAAAUCGCGGGCGUCCAGCUUGGGUAGACACCGAUAUACCAGUGUACGCCAAAGGAAAGUUGCGCGGCAAAAACAAGUGGUAUGAGUUCUCUGGAGAACCAGAGACGACAGAAUACCGGCCCGUGAGACCAGCAAGCAAGAGCAAAAUUGAACUACAGGUGGAGGCAGAGUGGGCUGCAAAGAACGCCCAAGAUACGGGCGUUGUAAAUUCCAUUGAGGAGACUCUUGAUAUACCAACCAGCGAGACGUCUGCGAACAAGAACACCGCCCCUAGUAGUACCGCAAUCACUAUCGCAGUGGGACCACAACCACGACCUGAUCUAACGCAUGCGGCUUUCACUCUGGAGGAAAGUCUGAGACCAAAGAAUUCUCAGUCUCGCUCUGUUGAUGAAACCUCACUUGAUGAUUCACUUCACCACAUCGAGGAUACUUACUCCACAGCGGGCCCACAGCCAAACUCGCCUCAAAGAACGAUCACGCCGCUGCCGAAGCGCAAGUUAGCCGCUCCCUUCCUCAUGAGCAGCAGCUCUCCGAGGAACAACUCGCGAGGUUCUGAUCCCAAAGACAUCAUCUCAGCAGAGCUCUCGCUCCUCGUGGCUGACCCGAGUGCGGACAACGAGCAUGGCGGCCCGGAUGAGCACCAAUCGAGCUCAAUGCUUGUUCAGCUGCCUAAGCUUCCACUUGAAGAGGACAGUGACCACGAGGAAAACGAGUUUCUUGAACACAUCAACCAGAAUCUCAAAAGGAAGCCAUAA